UGGUGCGCGGGCCUUCGUGGCGCGAGGACGUGCACCAUGUUUGAUGUUGACGCUCGGUGAACGUGCGUGAACAAACCUCGUGCGAGUGCGUGCAAUCACAGAGAAACUAACUCAAUCUUGACUGUUUGUUCCUCGGACCGUUAUCAGACUUUUUCUGUGCGUUGUGUCGGAUGAAUUUUUGAACUUUGAAUUUUUUGCCUCGGUUUGGAGCGCGUUGGAAGCAGUUGGAGCAAGAUUGGCAACGUUUCUUCGUCGCUGGCGACAGGCCAACAGCCGCUAUCGACCAAUUGGCGGCCGAAUCUCCAAUAAAUACGCACGCACGUUGAACGACCGAUUUGCCAGGCUGAAGGGAAACUGCUGCCACGUCGCCACGGAGGAGAAAAGGAACGUAACGGCCGUAGAGACAUCGAGGGUGGCUCGCGUGCCAAGAAGAUGCGACUGUUCGCGUGGCCUGGCAGCGUGACUCGCGGCGGACUCAUAAACGAUGAAUUGGCGGGCAGCGAUGUUGGCUCGGCCGAGAAACGCGGCAGCAGCAGGAGCAGCAGCGGAGGAGGCAGCAGCCACGGUAGCCAGCGAAUCGGCAGAUUGGACACGCGAUCGGUCGAACGACACACCAUCGGCUGGGCAUGUACGUCAUCUACCCGGCAGACGAGCUGUUGCGUAUCUAUGAGAACCCAGACGGUGACCCUAGUUCAGUGUUGACCGGGGAUCGUCGGCCGAGUUGUCAGGUGACCGUGAUCGCUGUCAACGAGAGAAACGACCGCCCACGAGGGCAAGACAGCAACAAGAGGCGAAAGGAGAGGCGAAGGGAACGAGGAGGCCACACGCGUAGAAGAAGGGCGAGCCGUAACGAGAUAUCGCGUAGCCACGAGCAACCGAAGAAGAGUACUCGCCCGGAGCAACACGCCAGGACUAUGCAAAACAGUCGUGUCGGCGCCGGCGAGGAUGCCGCUAAUCCUCUCAAGGACCUCAUACAGCCAGGGCUCAAUGAGCCGCUCAAACAGCACAAUGCCGCCACGCUCAAGCUCGUGCAGACUGUGUCAGAGUUCGCUCAGGAGCUGGGCGCGGCGAUGGAGAGCCACUCCGUCAACGUACGACGGCUGGUCGACGAAUUUCGCAGCCGAUCCGGGGACACCAGAGUCGAUUCCGGCGGGAUGCGUCGGGUUUGGGAAAGUUUGCUGCGUCAGGUGCAGUCGGACGCGGAGGCCCACUUAGAUCUGGCCGCGGUUCUUCAGCAGCAGCUGUCCAGACCCACCUUGGAGGCCAGCUUCCAUCGGAAACUCCAGUCGAGAAAGGUGUUCACGCAUCGCGAGGCCUACGAACAGGUGGUGACAAAGACCGAGGAGAAGCUGCAGCGUGCUCGCGCCGAUUACAAGCGCGCGUACGCCGCGCUGUUGACGACAGAUGGCGGGAGCGAGCAGGAGCUGAAGCGCGCCUAUUUCGAGGCGCACAACGCGUACAUACUUCAAUUGAGAGCGACGAAUGCCAUCACGGAACGGUACCAGUCGCAGUGCCUGCCCGGCCUGCUCGGCGAAAUCGCGGAAGUGUACGAGGAGCUAUGCGGAUUGGCUUGCAAGUGCGUGGCUGGGAUAUCGGAGGCGGCCGCGGAGAGGGCGGGCGAACAGGCGAAGCGUUAUCAGGCGGUGGCGAAGGAGGCUCAAGUGAUAGCUCCGCUGAACGACUUGCAAAUUUUGGCGCGGAGCCUGUCGGCCACCGCGACCCCCUCGAAGAAGCCAGCCAGACGGCUGUUCGUGGCGCCAGGUCCCCCGGAGCAAAUUCCCAUGGAAAGAAUUAGCCAAAUACCGUCCUUGAGGGACGAAAUAGUCCCGACAGGGACCAGUACUCUACCCCUGAUGGAAGAUUUACGACGAGAGCAGGAUAGCCUGGCUCAAGAGAUCACGCGGCUCCAGGACGCCUUGGACACGUUGAUCCGCAUGCAACGAAAAAGCGCAGAGAGCAACCUUUACACGAAAGUGGCCGAGCUGCAGGAGGAUAUAUCGAUGAAGCGUUUCGAGCUCGGCGAGGCGCAACUGUACCUCGCAGCUGUGCAAGCACAGAAGGAGCUGUUCGGGGCGGGAGAGACCGGCCAACCGGAUGGGGUGAGCAGCCGGAAGAUGUCGAAUGGCUCGACCGGAAGUACCAAGCACAAAUGGCUGAAAGCGUUCAAGAGCCUGAAGACCAGCUCGCCGACGACUCCGCCAUCAACCGACAAAGGGAAACAGGCCAUGUACCAUGCCGUUUCUACAGUCGUCGCCAUGUCUAGAAAAAGCUUGGAAUCCGAGGGAGGCCACUCUUGGCGCGAGUACACCUACCGGAAGAUCACUCCGUGCGAUGCGUGCGGCCAGGUGCUGCGCGGCCACAGUCGGCAGGGUGUCAGGUGUCGCGGGUGCAAAGCGAACGCCCACACCGAUUGCAUCAAUUUGGUGCAGCCUGCCAUGUGCCCGAGCCUGGCGCCUAAAAAGAGCGGCGGGAUCCCCCUUCUUCGUCGACAAAAGACUCAGACACAAGUGGACGAUACCGCAGCCGCGGAAUACAACGUGGACGCCAUAUACCAGGUGCUGAAGCAGGCAGGCGAGAUCCGUGGAAACUCGACAAACUCACCACCUACGCCUCCCACAGCAGAUCAUCCUCCAGCACCUUCGUCAGCGAGGGCCUCUUCCCACCCUUGUUCCUCGUCCACCUCUGCGCCGCAUAGUCCGCAACGUAGACGAGAGAGGCUGAACCUAAGGAUGAAAAGUCUCAGCCUGGAUUCUCCGGAGGGUACCGCUCACGUCCGACAUCGUCCGCGUGAUUACUAUACCGGUGGCCAGAGGGAGUCCACGCCACCGAGACACUCUGACAGCGGAAGCAUCAACAGAUUAUCACCGUGCAGCCCAGGCCAGGGCCACAGUGUCCACAAGCACAUCAGAGGAGCGAUCAGGAUGUCCAGUAUGGAGCUGCCAGAUGAAAACGAGAAGUCCUACUCGUCUGCAAGCACCUCGCCUUGCCCCUCGCCGCACCCCAACAAUCAAAAUCACAUGAAUCCACCUGGAAAGCGCGUUCUGCCACCCAAUAACCUGUACGUGGUGCUGUACAACUUUGAGGCGCGACACCGGGACGAGUUGGACCUGAAAGCUGGUUACAAAGUGACGGUGAUCGAUAAAUCUGAGAAAGACUGGUGGAAGGGGAAGUGUUUGGGUGGAAGAGUGGGCUACUUCCCCAGUGCAUACGUCAUGCGAGUGGAGUCUGGACAGAAGACGCUUCAGGUUACUCGCAACCUGCAACUAACAGAUCAGAUCACCCUGUUACGUGAUCAGAUCGUGAUUCAGGUUGGCGAGGAGGUGGACGGUGUGGCGAUGGUUCGCUGCGCGGCGGACGUGAGAUCAGCGGACCACACGGGCAAGGAGGGCGAGGUGCUGUACAAGGAGACCCUGUGCCCUCUCAAGUACCUCCAGGAAGUGUGACAGC